AUGAGGGUGGGGAAGUUGCAGGUUGAUUUCAAUCUACCACAGCGUUUUGACAUCACGUAUGUUGACUCAAAUGCUGAGAAAAGGAGGCCAAUAAUGAUCCAUAGAGCAGUGCUUGGAUCAUUGGAAAGAUUCUUUGGUGUUCUCAUUGAGCAUUAUGCUGGUGAUUUUCCAUUAUGGCUCUCUCCAGUACAAGCUCGAAUUUUACCUGUUACUGAUGCCCAGCUUGGAUAUUGCAAAGUUGUAGCGGACAAACUGAAGACUUAUGGCAUCAGAGUUGAAGUUUUACAUGGAGAACGCCUACCUAAACUCAUAAGAAAUGCAGAGAAGCAGAAAAUUCCAUUAAUGGCUGUUGUAGGCUCAAAAGAAGUUGAAACAGAAACAGUAACAGUUAGAUCUAGAUUUGGUGGGGAGCUUGGAACCAUAGAAUUACGGAAUCAACACGACCAUGUACAAUUGAAGAAGAUAAAGGCUCUGCCUUCCAGACUAGGGAAUCUUAGUUUCAUACAACAUAUU